AUGCCUAAUGCCUUGAUUCGAGGGGUGUCAGGCACUGAUGCACCCUCACAGGUAAUGGCAAUCACAAUGUAUCAUGUUCUCAAUAAUGCACGAAUCUACGACCAGCUCCAAGAUGAGCUGCAAAUCGCCCUUCCCGGUGAAAGCGUGGAUGCCUCGUGGAGCGACCUGGAGCAUUUACCCUAUCUUGGCAGUGCAUCGAGUACAGAAAAGUGA